AGAUUGAAUUUCUAUGGGAAAGGAAUUUGAAAAGGGUCUUUGUAAGAAGCGUGUUUUAUGAAGAGUUGCCUAUAUCUGGGUCAAUCAUUACGAAAGAAUAUACCCUAGGGUGUAGGAGUACCCGUGUUUCUUCAAAGGAUCGCUGAGAUUUUCUAUUUUCAAGGUCUUAUGUACGUGACUUUUAGUGCACAGAAGAAUAACAAUACUGAUUAUACAGACGGUUUAGGAAUUUGAAAGGGUAUAAAUUUCGCAGAUUCAUCUCGAUCAUGGACCAGUACAAAACAUCUGAGGAAACCAUGAACUCCCAUACCUGCAUUUUUGAUACAAAGGAACAACUCCCACUACCAGAUUUUCACCGGAAGUACAAAAGCAAGUUUCCUUUGAUAGCCAUAGUUGUUGGAGGACAUUACGGGCCCACUCAAUGGGACGACCUUUCCAGUGAUCUGGUGAUGCGAAUCGAAAGAGAAUUUAAACAGCAGCGAGUUUUGGCCAAGAAUCCCAUAUCAUACAAAAAGCAGUAUAUAAGUAUACCUGUAAAUGGACGGUAUAAAUUCAACGUUGUUAAAUCAUUCAUGAGACAUAGCAAAGAUCAAAGUAUGGCAGAUAUAUUGAAACAGUACAAUCUCCCAGUCUUCGUUCAAUUUUCCGAGAGACAAGAGGUUCCCACAGAAGGAAAGGGAGGUCCGGAUGGAAAACCAAUCAACCUUCUUAUCGAACAUCGUCACGAAGAAAUCUACCUCCAAGGAAACUACUUUUUUGAAGGAUGCAUCACUAAAGAGAGUGUCUCUGUCAUGUUAUCUCCCUUUAUCACCAUGGCACCCGUCCACGGGCUGAUGACAAUGACAGAGGAGAAUUAUGACCAAUAUCUACAGCGCAUGACAGACUACGUCAAAGAGAACAGUAAAUUUUCCGAGGAUAGUUGUAACUUAGGUAUCAAAGUUCUGGAAGAAUCUGAUCCAGAAAUUGCUCACAUUAUCCCGAAUAAACCGGCCAUAGACAGCGGUCUCGCCCCGGAACUUCCUAAAAGAGGUCCAAGACGGAGGUCAAAACUAUCAGCGAUUUCAAGUCGAAUCAGGCGUUUUGAAGUUGGGAUCAUUCCAAAGACGCAGGACCUUCAAAACUCUCAUGACAGUGAGGCAACUCAGAGUGUAAAAGAAGGAGAGAGAAAUAAAUCAGAAGAUGGAAAAUCAACCAAACCGAAUGUAAAACCAAAACCAGUUGUUACCAAACGAAUAUCAACCAAUGAAAAAGAUGUAUAUGAUGAGAUUGUUGAAUGUUCUGAAUUGCCGACUCAAAUUGUGCAGCCAAAGAAAGUUAAUGGUUAUGUGAAUGAUAAUUUUUGUCCAGUCCAGCCAAUUCCUAUAACACAGAAAACCGGCGACCAGAACGAUUAUGAGGAGUAUAUGUUUAUGUCCACCCCAAAAUCUAACAGAGGACAUGUCGAAAUUAUUUCGCAUGAACGAAGAUACGAUCAGAAAACAGCAAAACUACAGACACCACAGCCAGAGUACGAUUACUUUUCACGAUCCAUCGGCAGAGAACAUCCAGAGGACGCCUAUGCUGGCUUUACCUUAGUGCAAGACAAUAUCCAAACACCGAAAGAGUCGGAAUAUGUAUCUCGAAAGACUAUUAAAGAGCUUGGAGAAAUCCUUAUCAAAUUAAAGCUUGAAAAAUACGUGGAAAAAUUCGCCGAGAACAUGGUAGACGGAGAAAUUGUUCAAGAACUUUCAGCAGCAGACUUGAAAAAUGAAUUUGAAUUCACAAGGGCUGAGGCCUUAAGGUUAAGGAAAUACAUUGAAAAGGGUCACAUUCCAGUGUAAAGUUAUCUGUGCAUUAUUUGUAAACAUGGUAUUUGAAGCAUAUUUUUUUUAUUAUCUCAUUUUGCUUCUCAUCAUCAAACUAGCAUAUACGUUUAUGAAUAUUCAACGACCUUUCUUGCUUAUUAUAUCCAGUUUGUGUUUAUGUUACAUAGACAGAAGCUUGAUGAGUUUUAAAGAAAGUUGGCUUUCAGUUCACCCCUUUUUGCUGAAACUUAAGAUUUUUUACACACAUGAGAUAUAAUAUAUUAUAGUACAUAAUUUGUAAAAAAUAUUUGUAAUCUUGGAUAUUGCAAAUGUCGUUACUUAUUAAAAUU